UUACCAACAAUAAAAUAAAAUUUAUAUUUCCCUUGCUCUCUUACCCUUAAAAUCUCCUUUUCCUAAAAUCAAAUCAUCUAGUACCCUGUCUCUCUUCCUCCUUCCCUCUCUCUACUGAUCAUCUUCAUAAAGGACAUAGAUUAAUGGAGGAGCCAAAAUGGCUGGAAGCUCUCUUAAGAACACACUUCUUCAGCAUUUGUCCUCAGCACCGCGAGAUGCCGCGGAAUGAGUGCAACAUGUUCUGCCUCUCCUGUCAAAACGCUGCGUUUUGCUUCUACUGCCGCUCCUCCUUCCACAUUGACCAUCCCGUCCUUCAGAUAAGAAGAUCGUCGUAUCACGAUGUGGUGAGAGUAUCCGAGAUAGAGAAUGCAUUGGACAUAAGAGGAGUGCAAACUUAUGUCAUUAACAGCGCGAGGGUUCUCUUCUUAAAUGAGAGACCUCAGCCUAAGAAUUCCUCUCAUGGCGCCGCCUCCUCCAACCCAAAAUCCAUAUCCUACUUCUGUGAGACAUGUUGCAGAACCCUUCUUGAUCCCUUUCGCUUCUGUUCCUUGGGUUGCAAGGUUGAAGGAAUGAGGAAGAAUAAGGAAGAGGAAGAAGAAAGAUUGCGUAAAGAAAGACAACAAGAAACGCACAAAGGCACGCAUCCUCCAACUCAUACCUCUAAUUCUAGGCGACGAAAAGGCAUUCCUCAUAGAGCACCUUUUGCCUCCUAAUUUAAUCAAUCUUUUUCAAGAAAUAUAUGAAAUAUUAAAAUAUAAAAAAACUUUUCUUUAACUUAUUUUUAUUUUUUAAAAUCCAUUUAAUGGUCCACCCAAAUUAGCAUAAUAUAUGUGUAUUGGGUGGGUGUAUUUAUA